AUGUCUUCUGGGUUUUUAUUUGAUUCUCAAAACUUUAUUAAUGAUUCACUAAAACCACUAUUUUAUGAUGACAGGAAAUAUGAAAAAUCUGAAAUUUUUUUACCAAAUAAAAGACCAAUAGAAACUAUUUUUGUUUCAUUCAAUGAGAUAAAAGAUUCAUUAAAACCAGGAGAUAUUUUAGAAUUUAAAUAUCCUCUUUUCAAUCAUUGGGCUAUAUUUCUUGGAAUAUAUAAUUGUUUUUACAUUGUAAUUCAUUUUCGUGUAGUUAAUCCAGCCCCUUCUAUGAAGCAUGACAUCUUUAUCGAACCAAUUAAUACUAGAAAUAAAGUUAGAAUAAAUAAUAUUAAUGAUCAUGAUGUAAAUAGGAGAUUACGAUCCGCAGAUGAAAUACGUAAACUAGCAUUGGAAAGAUUAGAACAUCAUAAAAAGUAUAAUAUAAUCACUUAUAAUUGUAAACAUUUUGUUAAUGAUUUAAGAUAUUAUUAA